AUGACAUAUCAGUCUCAAUCUUACGUUUUGGGGGUUGGGAUGACCCAGUUCCUGAAGCCGCGUCGCACUCGUGAAUGUAAGAUUAUUCCUUUCCACGUGGUUUCUUGUCGAUAUAGUACUAUGUUGCUCAGUGCUUACCAUGUCUCUGUCCUGACAGAUCCAGAACUUGGAUAUGAAGCAGCAGUCAAAGCUCUAAUCGAUGCACAUAUCACAUACGAUGAUGUACAGGCAGGUGUGGCCUGCUAUUGUUACGGCGACACCACUUCUGGUCAACGGAUCAUGUACCAGCUAGGAAUGACGGGGAUCCCAGUCUACAAUACAAACAACGCGUGUGCUACUGGAUCCACUGGUCUUCAUCUUGCACGUACUCUAGUCAAAGGAGGACAGGCAGAUUGUGUCCUUGUCGUCGGCUUCGAACAGAUGCGCCCGGGUUCAAUCAGGAGUGUAUGCGACGAUCGGCCCAGUCCGUUAGGUCCAUCGACCAAAAUUAUGGAGGACACAUUCGGUAAACACCAAAGCCCUCGGAAUGCUCAGUACUUUGGAAAUGCCGGACAGGAGUACAUGGACAAAUAUGGUGCCAAAGCGGAAGAUUUCGCUGAAAUUGCUCGGGUGUCGCAUGAACACUCCCAGCGAAACCCGUACGCCCAGUUCAGAACUGCAUACUCCCUGGAUCAGAUUUUGGACCCGAAGACACAGAUCUAUGGACCCCUGACCAAGCUCCAGUGCUCCCCAACGAGUGAUGGCGCCGCAGCGGCCAUCAUUGUAUCCCAACGGUUCUUGGAUGCGCGACCUCACCUGAAAUCCCAGGCUAUUCUGAUGGCUGGCCAACAGCUAUUGACCGAUGGACCAGAGGUAUAUUCCCGAAGCGCAAUAGACCUCGUCGGCUUCAAUAUGUCGCGCCAAGCCGCCCAGCUGGCAAUGCGGGAGGCUGGUGUCAGAGCGAAAGAUAUCGGGGUUUGCGAGCUGCACGAUUGUUUUUCCACCAACGAGCUUCUGUUGCUUGACGCACUUGGGUUUUCGGAGCCAGGAAAAGCCCAUGAGAUGGUUCUUCGAGGGGACAUCACGUAUGGAGGUCGCGGCCUAGUUGUCAACCCAUCUGGUGGGCUGAUCUCAAAAGGUCACCCUCUAGGAGCCACAGGGCUAGCUCAGUGUGCGGAACUCACUUGGCAGCUCCGCGGUUGGGCCAACAAUCGUUUGGUCCCUGGCACUGAUGUCGCUUUGCAACACAAUCUCGGGUUGGGGGGAGCAGUGGUGGUAACGAUCUAUAAACGAGCCGAUGGACAGGUCAGCCGUCCUAUUCCUGAUGACGAUAUUAGCAGGGUUUCUGGGUUGGGGUACAACCCCGCAGUGGAAGCUCGGUAUAUCACACCCCAAGACGGCGAACGCGUCCGUAGCAAAACAAAGCACCACGAGUAUCCGCUCCAGGAAACGGCUGAGAAGCUCAAAGCGCGUAUGUAA